AUGGUGAAAGUGUUCGCCCCAGACUGGUGGAGAACUGCAACACCAUACACAGAGGACCUUUGUGUGACAUUGCAUGUGUUUCAUAACUGUACGAAAUUCAACAUUCCUAUCCAAACUUGUAACCGAGUAAAGAGCAUUCGAAACGCUCUGUUCGCUCACGGACAGCUUCAAGUAAACAACGUUGAAAGGAAACAUGCUCUAAGGGAUCUUAUAACGUUCCUCAAACAACCGGAAAUAUCAAUCACCCAAUCUGGUAAACUCGCUAUUACUCAACUUUAUAGUUUAAAAUCAAAAUGUGUCAUCGACCAUAUCAUAGAAGGGGACCCUGUUGGUUUACAGCAUCACCUUGUCAACGUUCUAAAACCUCGCGAUGCCGCAGAGAACACAAUACUGGACAGAUCUGACAACGUGAAGGCAGUGCGAUCAUGUUUAUCUGAAGAGACUUGUGUACCAUUGACGUGUACUGACCCCUGUCUAUGGGAGCCUGCCUUUACCUUCGACGGUUAUCUGGAGGAUCGUCCUGUCCUAUUUGGCCGGAAGUGGCUAGUAGACAAGGUUCAAGCCUCAUUGAUGACAACACCUUCCAGAGGUAUCAUGCUGACUGCCGAAAUGGGCUACGGUAAAUCUACGCUAGUAUCACACCUUAUAUGUAGUGGUGAACAAUCGCAUGGUAUCGGGUUACAGAAAUAUCUGUUAUCGUAUCAUAUUUGUAAAUUUGAUGUUAUCAGUACCCAGAAACCAGAAUAUUUUAUUAUUAACCUCGUUAGUAUGUUGAUAGAAAACUUACCUGAAGCAGGAAAUGCUAUUUUGACUAACAAACUAGCCUUUCAUUUUUUACAAGUAGACAAAUGUUCUGAGGAUCCCGUUGGUUGUAUAGACGCUACACUCGUUCAUUCGUUACGCCAACUUACAUUUGAUGAGGAGAGGUAUGUUAUCAUUGACGCAAUAGACGAGUGUGGAGAAUCUGCCGCCAUAUCUAUGUCUCUUCUCGAUGUGUUAUCUAAACGAAUCCAUAAACUUCCUUGGUGGCUAAAAUUCUUUAUAACAGCGAGAGACAUAAAUAUCGUAAAUAGUAAAUUGCCCGAAAUGCAAAUACUCCAUGAGAUGUCAGAAGAUAUCCAGAAUCAGAAUGACAUCGAUACGUUUCUCACUGACAAUCUGUUCAUCCAUACAGACACAUUUUCACGUUUGUUUGGCACACAAGCUGAAAUCAGGUAGGCUACGAAUCAAGUUUUGGGGAUAAGUGGGUCUAACUUUUUG